AUGCUUAGAAUCCGACAUGUGAAAUGCGACGAGGUCAAGCCCUUCUGCAACCAAUGCCAAAAAUCCGGCCGCAAAUGCGACGGGUACGAUAACGCCUCGCAAACUCAACUUCGCGCGCGCAUUGCCGAGCGUCAGAAGCCACUUAAUCGAGACACUCUUGGGGCGGACCAUCGACUCGUUCUACGGCAAGGAACGAGAACAGAGAGGCGCUAUAUCGACUUCUUCUACACGCGGACCUCGCAUGCGUUUGCAGGAUUCUAUGAUAGCAAGCUCUGGUCGUACCUUAUACCACAGUUUGCGGAGCACGAGCCCAGCGUGAGACAUGCUAUGACUGCUAUCGGCGCGCUCCAUGAACGGUUCCAGCUUAGUGCAGUAGCUGGGAGCGCGGUUCUGACGGUAAAUGGGUCAGCGCCGACAGAGCAGUUCGUGCUGGAGGAGUAUAACAAGUCAAUCCAGACUCUGGUCAAGUCUCUCACUGCACACAGUCAAGGAGGGAGUAUCAAUUUGGCGUUGACGACAUGUUGUCUGUUUAUCUGCCUGGAGAUGUUACGAGAAAACCGGAAAGAAGCACUAGAUCAUAUAGAGGCAGGACUACGAAUUAUCCACAAGCAUGAGCAAUUAACAUCAAUUGGUUCUGGUUGUACCAGCGAGCUGUAUCAACAACUCCGCGACCUUUUCCUUCGACUUAACCUUCAAGCAUCCUUCAUGGGCCGCCUGCUGGUCCCAAUAAACGUGGACUCACCAGGCACCAGAAAUGGACACAUCUUUACUGACCUGACCGAAGCAAGGUCCCAUCUCGAUCGUCUGAUGACAAAGGCCCUCCGCUUCAUCCGCUCCGUCGGCAUCUUGCGCGAAGAACGACCGCCGGUGGUACAGGCCCAGUUCGAAGCAGAACGCGACCAGAUUUGUGAGGAACUGCUGUCUUGGCGAUGGUCCCACGAUAAACUCCUCGACAGACACGGGCUGGAAAUCCAACAGUCAGACCUCCGCGCCUCCCUUUUACUGCGUAUAUAUUACCAGGCUGCCUUGCUAUGGGUCUGUGUCGCGUUGGACCGAGACGAAAACGGACACGAUAAUUUCACCGCGGAUUUCGAGUCGCUUAUAUCCAACGCGGAAGAAAUCCUUCGCCUUUCCUCGCCCACGCGAGGCGCGGAGAAAGCAAGAGUGAAAGACGCUGAAUCAGCCUUCUCACUAGAGGGCGGAAUAAUCGCACCCAUGUACUACGCCGCCGUCCGCUGCCGCAACCCCUUCCUCCGCCGGCGCGCCCUCAAUAUUCUCUUCCAACACUCCAAGCGCGAAGGAAUGUGGAAUGCACGACUUUGUGCGCAGGUUACGAAAGUCGUUGUCGAAGUUGAGGAAAGUCAGUGUCCGGAGCCACCGACGAGCGAAAAGGACAUCGGCCCAUUGGCAAGGGUGUAUGAAGUUGUUCAGCUGAAGGAAAUCAAGGCCAAUCCGACACAGGCUGUGCUUUAUAUGAAGCCUGAAGGAGUGAAUGGCCCGUGGAAAACGAGGAGUAUUAUGGUUGCGUGGUGA